AUGUCUUCCUUCGUACUUCGCGAUGUUCGUAUCUUUACUGGAGAAUCAACUAUCGAAGAGGGCUACGUUCUGGUAGAAGGCGGAAAGAUCAAAUCAGUCGGGCUAAUCUCAAGCUUUCCGCCACAUGAGAUUUCGAUCAAGACGUACUCUAAGCCCGGCCACACCGUCCUUCCUGGCCUGAUCGACUGUCACAUACACGCAGACAAGGCUGACCCAGAGGCUCUUCCCCAAGCCCUGAGAUUUGGUGUAACGACUGUCUGCGACAUGCAUAACGAGCUUCCCAACGUGCUCAAGCUCAAGCAGCAAACCCAAGAGUCAGAUACUGCCUCCUACAAGACUGCCGGACAAGCAGCUACCAUCGAAAACGGAUGGCCAAUCCCCGUCAUCACAGCCCACGACAAGAGCCCCGAGACACUUGCCUCGAUAGCAACAUGGCCAAAACUUACAGACCGCACAUCUGUCAUCGAAUACCUAACCUGGACAUCCCGCGAAAUGGCACCCGACUACAUCAAACUAAUGCACGAGUCCGGCGCAGCAAUGGGGUUGAAACUCGACCAGCCCACCGUCAGUCUGCAACGCACUGUUGUCGAAGAAUCGCGUGCCCGAGGAUACCUUACCGUCGCGCACGCACUAUGUCUCCAAGACACACUGGACGUCCUGCACGCCGGCGUGAACGGCCUGACACACACAUUCUGCGACCAGCCGCCGACAGACGAGCUGGUCGCAGCGUACAAGAAGAACAACGCGUGGUGCAACCCCACACUCGCUGCAAUUGGGUCUUUGACUGCCGAAGGCGCAGCGCUGCAGCACAAGUUCGCGCAUGACCCGCGCGUGCAGCACCUCCUCAACGAGGAUAAACGUGGGAACAUGUGCGCAUGUAUGAGUUUUGCGACGCAGCAUGGGAAAGCGGAGUAUGCGUACGCGUCUGUCAAGGCGUUGAGGGACGCGGGGAUCGAUAUCUUGUGUGGCUCUGAUGCAGCAGGGCCGGCGAAGGGGACGGCGUUUGGGUUGUCAAUGCACCAUGAGCUGAGCUUGUUUGUUAACGAGAUUGGGAUGAGUCCGGAGGAGGCGUUGAGGAGUGCGACGAGUUUGACCGCAAGGAGGUUUGGGUGGGAGGACAGGGGAAGAAUCGAGGAGGGGAGGAGGGCGGAUUUGUUGCUCGUGAAAGGGAAUCCGUGUAAGAGGGUUGAUGAUACGUUGAACAUCAGAGGUGUAUGGAGCGAGGGGAGACUGUGCAGUGUUUAUGAGGAGGUGUUGGGGAAGGCGGAGUGA